AUGACAUCAUUUGGCUCAACAAAAGUUAUUCGAGACAAUUUUAUGCCUUCUUUCAAGAUUCAGGGUCAAAUAUAUCAUCGAACAGGUUCCUUAUUGCCAAUACCUGAUGAAGACUAUAAAUUUUUGCAAAUAUAUUUUAUCCGCAAUUCAGCAAGAGAAGUCGAUCAGCGUUGCGCACACAACAACUCAGUGAAAAGAUCCAUUGUGGAACAACUUCAAACGUUUUUCCAUCAACACAAUGAAUUAGUUGCAUUAUUCACAACUGCAUUAGACCGCAUGCCAUCCGAUAAUCAUAAAAUUGUUAUCAGAGCCGAUAAGGUGCCUGUAGGACAAUAUGCUGGACGCCGGGUCAGCUAG